AAUGUCGCUUACAAUGUCGAUAAAUGUAUUGUUAGUUAUAAGUUUAUUUAUAAAUUUCGGAGUUUGUGAGAAAGUUUUCAAGAGUAUUCCUGUCGUUUUUAAAAUUUACGAAAACGAAUCUGUGCUGCUGCCGUGUUAUAUACAAGAUAAUGAGACCGUGGCUCGAGUCAAAUGGUACAAGAACAAUCGUCUACUUGGAGACACGUUGGACCAGCACACGUUGCUUCCCAGCAGGAUGUAUUUGCACAGGAAUUACAGUCUACAGAUCGACAACAUGAGAGCCCAUGAUACUGCUGAUUAUACUUGUGAGGUGAUUAGACCAGAGCCAUUUGGACCUAUUAAGCAAUCUCAUUCCAUCGAAGUCCAAUGUUCGCCGAUAGUACGUACAAUUCCAGAAGAAGGUUUCCUGGAGGUGCGUAAAGGAGAAUACGUGGACAUCGGGUGCGAGACCUCAGGGACUCCUAAACCUACUUUCGAAUGGAGGAAAAAUGGUGAAGCAAUGGCUCUUUUAGAACAUCGAUCUCGUAUUCGAUUUAGAGCAGAACAUCGUCUGCUGGCAGGAGUAUAUGAGUGUAUCGCGGACAAUGGCGUCGGGGACCCCGUUAAAGCGGCCAUUAGAGUUAUUAUACAAGGAAAACCGGUCAAAACUGACGAUAGAAUAAUUAUUAUGGGUCAUGAGAAUUCACAUCAGUUAAUAUUCAGAACUGUGAGGAAAUCCGAUUUAGGGAACUAUACGUUCCGAGCUGAGAAUAAAUUAGGGAUGGCUGAUGUUUCAUUUAAACUAACUGGUGUUCCAAACGUGGCAUCAUUUAAAGUCGAUUCAGCGCUAAAUAAAGCGACAUCAACCAGUUUCACACUUAUAUGGGAAGUGGAUUCAUACUCAACAAUUAUUGAAUAUAACCUUUGGAUCCGGCCGUACUACGGAAGUCGUUCUCCUAUGGAUGCCGACUCCUUGUCAACAGUUGGACCUGGCUACUUCUGGAGCAAGAUUGUGGUGCCUGGAGACUCCAUUGAUGGUCCAAUCCAUAGCGCAAGUUAUACAGUUAGGGGACUGACGCCGUCGACUGUGUACGAAGCUACAGUUACUUCUAGAAAUAUAUUCGGAUGGAGUAAAACAUCUGCAGUGCUACAUUUUGCGACUGAACCCGGAGUUGGACGAACUCUUCCUGUAACAGAUUAUACAGACAUAACUCCGACAUUAGAGGAACCGGAAUCUGAACAGCCGCAGAACAUCACUCAAGCGCAUGUUUUCGAACGACUCAACGAAAUGCCAACGUCAGACGCAGCGCGGGAAAAACUAAACGUCACCGUCAUUUUGUUUUUAAUAUGCAUUAUUUGGUUAAAUUGAGAUUAUUUAUA